GAUGACGACGACGACGACAGCGGCCACUAUCGCCCCCGGCGGGCCUCGAACCCUGGCGGCGAUGACGACGACUACGAGGACUCGGGAUGGCGGUAAUAUCGACCCAGGUCCACCUGCCUCUGGGCGACUACUGGCGUGUCCGUUUUGCCUCUGGACGGGCUGUCGGUGCGCCGACUAGCCAUUGCCCAUCCAGACAGAUAACCCAGGUGCUUGCACCCGCUUCGCAUCUGGCUUUGUACAUCAAUCCACAUCUAUCGUCAAGGUUUACUCGACUGGGCUCAGUCUGGAUAGCUCCUCCCGUUCCUCCCGUCCUUUUCUCUCUCGCGUGCUCUCCCUCCUUCCCCCCUGUGUCUGGACCGGAUAUACUUCAACGCGGUCUCUUGUCGCUCUCCGCCACUCUCUUGUCGCCGCCCUGUAAAAUAGAAUUUCCUGGACAUUGCAAUUGGUGUACAAAUGGGAUGCUGCGGCUAUCGCUGAUGCUCUCGUGGUCACUGCUUCCCCAGCAUCACGAUCGAUCGCACGUCGGGCGACCCGACAGAACAUCUCGUCUGCUGAUCCCGCUUUUACGCUGUCAGCUUGACGGCAAGCGGCUUUCAUCUCCUUCCUUUGCCUCCUGUCACGUUGUCAGUCUUGGACUUGCUGUCUGCGUCUCUCGCGCCGCUCGCUCGUUCGGCCCCAGUCCAUUCCCCAGCGCCACUCCAUGCAGCGGCGACCCCAUGCUACUCCCAUUCAAUGCCAUUUGCACUCACUUCCAUGAUCCUGUCCCGAUUCUGCAAUUGCGUUAUCAUCUCGCCAGCACAUCAUACGCUGACGGCUCCACACCAUUUAUAUGCCUGCUUAUUGAAUACACGCACAUGGGCUGGACCAAAUCCGCUCCAAUUGCCAGGACGCACAGUUGACGGAGCCUACUGCGUGCCCGGCUGUCCCUCGGAGCUUGCAUCUCCUGCGGGCUGCGCCAUCUCUCGCUGGAGCUCUAGCAUUGUCUUCUCGUUGGCUACUUUGCUGAAUGGCUGGGCGCCCUCGGGAAGCGGGUACUUGAAGUCGGGGCCAAAGUUGACUGUGACAGAGCCCUGCAUAUAGCACGAGAAAGCAGGAUGGUACUUGCCUGAAGCCAGAUGAUCGAAUGCCAGGUCAGUGCCAGUGCCAGUGCCAGUGCCAGUGCCAGUGCCAGUGCCAGUGCCAGUG